UCUCUUACCGUUGCUUACUCUUCAUACCAUAGACGAUUUGCUUGCAAACAAGGGGAUUCCCCUAUUGUAUUUCCUGUGGUCAUGAGACGGAUGGUGACUGUUUUGAUUUGUAAUAUACUGACUCCGUCGUCACUGUAGAGAAAUGCAGAGGCUGUUGCGAGAUAUAGCUGUGGGGACCAGUGCUGAUGCUCAGUCCUUUGCUGGGAGAGUGCUGACAAAUACCUGGAACAGUGUGAAGUCUUCAUUGUUUGGAGAGCCAGCUGCCCUUGGUGACAUGGACCAGUACAAGUUUGACCACAAGCGUCGUGGUGUGGCCCUUAUUGUCUGUAAUAGUAAGUUCCAGGGUCACCCUUUUCGCAAGGGAUCGGGAACAUGAUGUCAAACAUUUCGAAAAGACGUUUCUCAAGUUUGGUUUCAGUCCUCGAGACAUCAGAAUUCGGUACAACAUGAAUUCUGGAGACAUGUUGGACUGGUUUUUGGGAGUGUCGAUGGAGGACCACAGUGAUGCUGACUGCCUCAUGGUGGCCAUCUCGUCACAUGGGGAUGAGUACCAGUAUGUAGAUCCUGAACGAUCGAACGUCACCAAGCGGGAAGACCUCAUCCUCACGACUGACAAAGCCAUAUUCACUCGAGACCUGGUGGACAUUUUCAGGGAUGAACAUUGUCAUUCACUUAAAGGCAAACCAAAGAUAUUCUUACUUCAGGCAUGUCGAGGCACCAAGUUAGACGACGGGGUUGAGAUCCUGGAGGAAGAUAUGGACGUGGUAGAUGCAUUGGACGAACCAGAGUAUACAGUAACACCCCCUCCCUGCUUCAAGGACUUCUGUAUUGUGUAUGCCACUCCCCCAGGUCAUUUUGCAUUUCGGCGGCCAUCAGAAGGGUCCUGGUUUGUAAAAGCUUUCUGGGAUGUUGUGGAAAAAGUGGACCUGUCUCGUGUGGAUUUUUUACGUUUGGUGACGCAGGUUAUACACCAGGUGGCGUUCUCCUUCCAGUCGUCAGCCGAUGAUCCAAGAAUAGAUGCCAAGAAACAGUCAGGGUGUAUCUAUUCAAUGUUGACCAAGGAUGUUUACUUCACACCCAAACAAGAAGCUUAUGAGUUGAUGUUAUGAGUGCUGGUGAAAAUUCUUCCACUACAUCCGGUUAUGCAGUUAUGUAGUAGACUGUCGGUAUUUGACAUAUGACAUCUGUGUCUCUAUGAGCUGCCAUACACAAAUGUGAAUCUGUGAACGGCUGAUCACAGAUAUUGGCUCUUACAUACGAAAUCCCAUCAGAUUUUAGCUGCCAUAUUGAAAGCAGCGUAUUUUGCCUUUUAAUGAGUUAUUUGUAACUGUAUCAUUGUGAUAUAUUUUAGAUCACAAACAUACAUACUUUGUUGGUAUGAGCUGCCAAAGUAGUACUGUGUGGGCCAUACUUGUUUUCAUCAAUUGUUGAAUUUUGGCUUGAUCCCUAAACAGAAUAUCUUUUAUAUUUUAUAACUGGCUGAGAAAGAUCCUUUGACUUUUCAGAAUUUGUGCAUAUGUGAUCCAGACAAUGGCAGUGUUCAUUCAAGCGUUUCUAAAAGUGAGCCCAUGGCCCACCAGCCCUCAGUUAUGUGGGUAUUUUCGAAAAUAUUGUGGGUCAUGUCAAAUUGCUGUGACUUUUUAGCCAUCCACUACUAGUUAAUAGUAUGAGUUCACUUCCUUUUAUAAACUUUCAGUCCAGGUGAGGUCAACACGAGAAACCAAAGACGCACUUGAGUUUUGCUUGAGUUGCUAAGUGAAAACAAACUUGUGAUGUGUUUCAGACAUACAUUUAAGGAUGCGCCGACACGACCUAAUCAUACCUGUACAGUAUGCCAAGUUAAACAUUGGUGUACGAAUGGCGCACGGGCUCGGUCUAGAAUGAACACUGAAUGGUGUUCCUAAUAUGAAUUCACAGAAUUCUGAUCCCACCUCGAACAUGACCGCCAUGGAAUCAUGCUGGUCAGAAGCACCAAUGUCAGAGUUUGAGAGGUACCAUGACAACAAACUGUUAAGUACCUGUAGUUCUGAGACCAUCUUUAAGUGGCAGGUGGUCCUAACACUACAUGACAAGCCUACAAUCAACAGUAGGUCAAUUGGAAGUUUACAGGAUGUUCAUUUGGAUGAGUGCCAAAUCAUAUCAGUGACAAAUUAGUGCUCAUAAGGAAAUCAGUGAUGUAUUUUGAAAUGUAUCACUGGACUAUAUUCUAGAAAUGAAGUCAACACUGACAGACUACUUUCACAUUCCUGAGGAAUCCCCUGGGAAUUCUCCAGUGUCUAUGAAUACCAAACCAUUGUUAAGUUCUUAACGAGACUUUCAUUUCCUUCUCAGGGUUUUGACACAUAUUAGAAAAAGUCAGUGUUUUGAAUACAUCCAUGACAGAAUAUCUUUGAUAUGAUCCAUACUAGUGGACAUGACAAUAGAAGCAUACUAAAACUGAGAGCCCUCUGUAGUUAUCCAAAAUCUUAUUUCAGCACUUGGAACUUCACCAAAAAUGCUAUGGAAUGCCUUGUUCUUUCAUAAUACCAUAGUUAAUUUGUCAUAGAUUAUAUAUAGUGAUAUGAAAGAAUCGGUGAUCCUUCUUUUUGUUUAAUAAUAUGUAUUAUAUUUGUAUAUAACACAACUUUCUAACCAUGCUAUUGGUCAAUUAUCCUGUGAACUCUCAUUCAACGAAGGGUCAUAUGUCAAAGGAAUCAAACUGAAACUCUGAAGAUCAGUUCUUGUUUUGCUCAUAUCGUUGUCAGAAUUGUCAGAUAUUUCUCCCUUUUAACUUUUCAAAAUGUUUAUCAAUAAGUCAAAAUACACAAAUGAGCAGAUUUUUAUACUUUGCAACAAUGAUAUCAAUUCAGGAGAAACAAUUCAAGGGAGACAAUCCAAACUCUGGUCCCUGAAUGGCAUUUAGAAGAGAUAUACAUAAAGAUGAGAGUUUUAUGGAUGUCAGCUGCUUUAUUCACCUCAUGAAGGAGUAAGGAUAUAUUCCGAAAUGUUAUGUUCCAUAUAAUAAAGAAGUUGACAUCCAUAAAACUCUCUUCCUUAAUCCAAAAUCUGAUCGCCUUUCUGUUGUGUUGAAGUAUUCUGGAAUCAGUUUGAUCAAAAGUUUUAUGGCCAUUGUCUGUGUGGACAAAAGUCACAUGCCAGUAUAUAUGGAACCCCCGCUUGCCUUAGGUUUGGUGCUCAGUGCUGCUUCUUGUAUUUACAUAAGUUAUUCCAAUUACCGUUAUGUAUUUUUGAAAAUACAAUAAGAUGUUGUUGAUAAACAUAACUGUGUUUACAGUGUCAAGUUUGGUGCACAGAAAUAGAUUCUAUUACUUAUAUUUUCUCUGAUUUAUCAUAUUCUAUGCAACUUUAUACUUUUUAUGAAGAUUUGUGUAUGUUUUGUUAUUUAUUUCAUGUGUACUGAAAAGUGUUGCAUUUUCACUUGCCAAUUCUUAUGGGUUUUUUUUCAAUCAUUCUCAGGCAGCUGAAUCAUUUGAUAUUAUCAUGAAAUGCUGUUGUGGAGGGAACAUAUCCUGGCUAGAAAUCUUAACUUUUCUUUCAUUUCAAGCUGAAUGGUACAGAUAGGUAAGUGGUACCUACAGGUUUGGGGCAGAUAGGUCCUGUAAUUUGUUUCUCAGUGACUUUUUAUCCUGUUGCUUGUCUUACCAGACACAAAAUACUGUAUAUCCUAUUCUCAUAAAAAGUUUGAAUGGGUGAGUGAGUGAGUUUAGUUUUACACCGCUUUUAGCAAUAUUCCAGCAAUAUCACAGUGGGCGACACCAGAAAUGGGCUUCAGACAUUGUACCCAUGUGAGGAAUCGAACAUGGGUCUUCAGCGUGACGAGCGAACGCUUUAACCACUUGGCUACCCCACCGCCCCAGUUUGAAUGGAUGCAAAUAAUAUACAAUAUAAGUCUCAAAAAGGCCACAAGAAUCAUAUUACUCAAAAGAAGUUAAGGAACACCACAUAUUUUUCAUAUGACUGUCAUUCCAGAUUAACUGUAGCCUUUCAAAAAAUAUGGUUUCUUUAAAUUUGUUUUGGGUGCUAUAUGUCCUUUUCAGUCAUGAUAGUGAGUGAGUGGGUUUAGUUUUAAGCCGCUCUUAGCAAUAUUCCAGCAAUAUCACAGCAGGGGACACCAGAAAUGGGCUUCACUUUGAAUCAGAAUAAGUACCGGUAAUUAUAAAUUUGAUUGAUAUUAUUGUUGACAAAAGGUACAAAGAAAGUUAGUUCAUUUCUAAUAUUUUACAAUCAGUCACCAGAUGAAGUACACCUUUUAGGUUGUUUCAAUAGUCAGCAGUCCAGUCAUAUGUGCCACUCUUAGCAUGAGACCCCAGUUUAUGUGCCCAAACUCUCUGAAAAUAUUUUCAAUCUGGAAAAUAUUUUCCUGGUCAGGUAUGGGCACCUUGUCAUUUCUGUGAUAUUUUUCAUUUUAUUUUAACAUAUAUAUACUACUCAAAUUUGCUAAGGAUAAAAAUACCUUUAGUCAAAGGUGUGGUUGUCAGCAAAUGAUAAUUAAUAUAUUAUUGUGUAAUCCUGUAUUGCUGCACUGUCAUUAGUUAUAUUUCAAAGGAUAUUGUAGGAUUCAGUACUAUUUCCUAGGUGAUACAUUCAUACUGUCUGCACCAUUCCAUUUUGUAGGAUCAGAUUAGAGAUUGGGAGAUCCGAACCUCCUUUUGAGAUUUGAGGUAAUCUCACUGCAGAAUUCAUGCCUCUUCUUUCUGUUUUGGAACCAAACUCUUUAGCAUGUAUAUUGUACGAAAAAGUUUGAUAUAGGGGUAUCCAUUGGAAAUCAUAUACCUCAUUGUAACCAAUCAAAAUCUAGUAUUCUUCAGAGUCUUGGAAGAAUUAUCAUUAUUCAACACAUUGUAUGUCAUAAUUCCCCAGGUGACCUUGUCAGUAUGGAGCAUGUUGUUCGGCCCUGAUAAAUGAUCUGUUUAGUUUGUUUGUUUUCACAGUGCCUCUUUAAACCAGUGAUUGUUGAUUUGAUGUUAGUAGAUUGUAUGCGUAAAUGUUUCACUGAAUGAAAAACGUUUGUAUGUAUUUGGGAGUGAGUAUGAUUUUAUGCCGCUUUUAGCAACUUUUCAGCAAUAUCACAUGGGGAACACCAGAAAUGGGCUUCACACAUUGUGCCCAUGUGGGGAAUCAAACCCGGGUCUUCCGCGUGUUGAGCGGGCGCUUUAACCAUUAGGCUACCCCACCGCCCGCUGUAUUUGGGAUGUCAUCAUAUUCUUAUGUUUUCUUAUACAUGUAUAUAUGUAUUUAUUUUAUAUAUCUGUGGUAUAGUUAGGUAUUUCUUUGUGGUUCCAGUGAAUCUGUAUUUGUUUCAGUUGUUUUACUUUUAUGUGAUUUAGUGCCAUUGUUUUCUGUUGAAUAACAAUAUUGAGUUUGUCCCUGUUGAUGUAUUACUAUAGUCAUUAUAGAUACUGGUUGUUAUCAUGAUUAUACGGAUUACACAAACCCUGUGUACAAAUUCAUGUAUUACAAGGAAUGGGAAAAACAAGAUUUGUGACAGUUGAUUGUGUGGUCCAGACACGAUUAUUGACAGACUGCCAUCAUACAGCUGGAAUAUUGCUGAGUGUGAGUGAGUGAGUAUAAUUUUACGCCGCUUUUAGCAAUAUUCCAGCAAUAUCACGGCCGGAGACACCAGAAAUGGGCUUCACACAUUGUGCCCAUGUGGGGAUUCGAACCCGGGUCUAGGCUACCACUAGGCUACCCCACGGCCCCUGCUGAGUGUGGCUUUAAGCAACAUACACACAAAACCUUCAAACAAUCCAGGCUCACCUUUCACCUUUCAACAUUUUAGGCUGUAGUCUCGUCACAGACUUGUGAUCAACUCUUCAAAGCCAGAUACUUACGCACGUGUCAUUUGAUUGGACCAAGUUUAUUGUGAAUUGAUAUGCUCAUAUUUGUUAUGCAAUUUUAAAUUAUUUAAUUUUAGUCACAGCCAUGUACAUUUACUUUUUUAAAAACACCAUUUGUUAUUGUUUCUGUGUAUGUUGUAUCUACUAUAUGUACUUUUUGUCCUCAAUAAUCACAAAUUAAUAAAUUAUCUAUUCUCAUA